AUGGAAGAAAUUCAGGUGAUUCUUGGAGAUAUUGAAAUUGAGGAAGACGAUAGAGAAGUGAACCAUGCCGAAGAAGAAGACAAUAACUAUGACAGUGAUGCCUCGAUUUUUUGA